AUGGGAGAAACGCCUGAUCCUGUGAACAAGGCAAUUUGGCGUGCAGCUGCAGCAGCAUCUCACUUGUCAGAUGCCUUGCCUCAGAUCUUGCGAUCACUUUGCACUUGGGCCUCUGAUGUGUUGGAGAAGCCGGUGGACGUCCAGCCCAUUGGAUCUGUGGUCACAGGGAUCACAGACACAUCAUCGGAUAUAGAUGUUGUUCUGUUGCCUGGCGAGCCGGAUGCCGAACAUGUGCUGGAAAGACUCAAUAGCGCGGCUGACACAUUGCCAGCCUUCCAAGUCCUGCGCUUUGUCCCAUCUGCGCGUGCGCCUGUGCUGACACUUGCCAGAGCAGAUGGUAUAACUUUGGAUCUCACCGCAAGCAACUAUCUUCCCGUCUACAACUCGGCCUUGUUGAAGGAGUAUUGCGACCUUGAUGCUCGAUUGCGGCCACUUGCUUGUGCAGUGAAGCGCUUUGCAAAGGCUGCAAAUGUUGUUGGAGCUGCAAGCAACAAUCUUUCAAGCUAUGCUUGGUCACUGCUGGCCGUCUUCUACUUGCAAACAGCUGAUUUGAAAUUGUACCUACCAGAGACGGCAGAGUGUAGGAAGUUGGUGUGCUUGCAGUCUUUUUCAAAAGGCCAGGAGGUCAAACUGCAAGGGCGCAGUUUUCAAAUCGGCUUUAAGAGGUUGGCUGACAUGACGCCAGCGGAGCAAGCACAGUUCUCCUUCAGAGCUGACGAGACCUUCCCCUGGCGUGCGCUGGUGCGGGGCUUUUUCAAGUUCUAUUCUGAAGACGUCGACAUCCAUGGCGCCCUGGUGUCCGUCCGAUGCGGCAAGGCCUUGACGCAUAUCAAGGAUGGAGGAGGUCGCGGACCUCACAUCGAAGAUCCCUUUGAUCCUGAGCACCAGUUGGGUUCAGUGCUCUCUGAUACACGGCGAGAGGCAUUUGUGGAGGCUCUGAGAUGGGGCGAAACGAUGUUGGAGGAUGGCUCCUUUGCCGAGUUGCUGGAAGGACAUGCAGAUCUGCGGUCCCCUGUGGUGUGGGAUACCCUGCUGCACUCUGACGAGCUUGUGCAUCAUAGAGUUCGACCGCAGGGUAGUCGCACAGAUGCAGAAGCGGUUUAUUCAGAUUGCCCUGUGUCUGAGGAUGUUGUCGCAUUACUGGGGCAUGGUUUGGACGAAUUUCAGCGGAGGGCGAUUUACUGCGCGGCGCAAGGCGAGUCCGUGAUUGUUGCCGCUCCCACCUCUGCUGGAAAGACCGCGGUGGCGGAAGCGGCCAUGAUGCAGGUGCUGCACGAAGGUCGCUCGGCCAUCUUUUGCUCGCCGAGCAAGGCACUGAGCAAUCAGAAGUUCGUGGAUUUCCGGCGGAAGUUUCCAAAAGUCGGUCUUCUCACUGGAGAUGUCUCUAUUGCUCCAGCCUCACCCAUUUUGGUGGCAACGACGGAAGUGCUGCGAUCGAUGCUUUUUCGUCAACUUGAAUUUGAUCGCGUGCGGACUGUGAUCAUCGAUGAGGUUCACUAUGUCGGGGACAAAGAGCGAGGCUCUGCUUGGGAGGAAACCAUCAUCUUGCUGCCAGCCCACGUCAAUCUGGUUUGCCUCUCUGUGGUUGGCCAUCUCAUCUCAGAGUUCGCCUCCACGAAUAAGACAAGUAGAGCCAGCAUCAGGUUCUGGACAAGUCGCAAGAUUCAACGACUCUGUCCCGUUGCCAGGCUUUUGGACCCAAAGUCGGAGCAACGUGCCAAGAAAGUCAUUCAAGAGACCCUGCAGCAUUUGCCGGAAGAGGACCGUAGUUUGCGGCAAGUUCAACAACUUACGAAGGAGCUGCUGCCGCAUGGUGUGGCCUGUCAUCACAGUGGCCUGUUGUCCCCUUUGCGGGAGCUUGUAGAGCGACUUUGCGCUGAAGGGCUUCUGCCCAUGCUCUUUUGCACCGAGACCUGUGCUGUGGGCCUGAACUUGCCAGCAAAAUCCGUAGCAUUCUCUUUCACCAGGGAAGGCUUGGUGAAGUGUGAUGGUUGUAGCAGACGCCCUGUGAGAGCUGGCGAGUAUUGUCAGAUGGCAGGUAGGGCAGGUCGAAGGGGACGUGACGAGAAGGGAAACGUCCUCUUCUGCAUUGCAGAAAACGACAAGGAUGAAGAGGGUCAAGCAGCCAAAGCAGAAGCUGCAAAGGCGAGGCGCCGCAAGACAACAGCAACGGCACUUUGCAAUCACUUUGAGCAAGUUGCUCUCAGCCCUGUAGAGCCGAUUGCCAGUUCUUUUGCUUUGCGCUUCCCGUCCAUGCUCAAUUUGCUGAAGUUUGGUCAUGCAGGGUACGUCAAGUGGUGUUGCUUGCAGACCUUCCAGCAGUUUCAGAGUCGCAGAGCAGCUGCAACUAUUGAGCAACAGAAGACGCAGCUGGCCAUGUUUGCAGUUCUCGAAACGCUUGGCUUUGUGUCGCCGGAGCAGAGGUUGACCAGUCUGGGUCGAGCAGUUGCUGGCUUGUGGAUUGGUGAUCCAUUGCUGCUGGGAAUGUUGUUGCAAGAUCAGGUUCUAGAAGAUUAUCCUUCGCUGGAAGUGGUGUCGUUUCUGAGCAUUUUUGUUGUGGAGCCCAACUUCUUUCAGAAGGAAAAGAAGAAUCAAAGAUCGGAAGAUGAAAGUGAUGACAGCUCCGUCGGCUCCAGUGGCAUCCUUUUCAAAGAAAAGCCGUGCCAAGACCCACAAGACCCAGAGGCCGAAGAGUUUCAGAAGAAAAUCGAGGCCCUGGCCGCCCUCUUUUUGGAGUGCGCGCGUUUCUUGUCAGAUGCCUACGCAGGAGCUGGUUUGCUGAAGACAGACAAGAAUGAUAAUCAUGCAUAUUUCCAGAACUGGUGCAGUGGACGCCUGUCUUUCAAGCAGUUUACGAGGCUUGUGGAGGAUGGCAAGGACAUGUUGCUGGCAGUUCGGAGAUGGCUCUUGGGCAAGCCCUUUGCAGAAGUCUUGAGCGUGGCACGGGUGGAUGCGGGCACCAUGGCCAAGGCGAUUCGAAGACUUGCCAAGUUGUUGAAGGACAUGAUUCAGGCAGCGACCAAGCUUGACCAUCUUGACUUGGCGCAGCGCCUUUCGCAGGAGCUUGGGCGCCUUCAACGUGGCCUGCCUUUCCUUCCGUCCUUGCUUCUGGGAAGUUGGCAGCCAGUGCCAGCCAACGGUGAAGAGGAGCCGCCACUUUCCUGGCCGGUUUGUCCAGACCAGGUAGGCGAAGUGGUGGAAAUCAAGCCAUCGCAAGUCGGCUUUUCGCACCGAAGCUGCUCCGCGCAUUUCAAAGAUGGCCGGACAGUGCUGUCCACUGUGAUGGAAAUCCUGGCUGGCAAGGUGUUGCCGUCAGAGAUUGAGGAGCUGCGCAUUUACUGGCACCAGGGAAUGUACUACACGCUGGGCAAUCGCCGUCUUUGCGUGUACCGUUUGCUAGAACACUGUCGGCCAGACACGCUGAUCUGUGCCAGGGUGGUAUCUGAUGCCGAGGCUGAUGCCUGGGAUUGGAAGAACAAGUUCACUUCCGGAAGGUGGAAAGGUGCUGCCGUGCUUUUGCGACACACGGGCGAGAUCGUGGGCAAGAACGGCCAGCAGACUACAUUUGCAAUGCCCAGCGUGGCGGAUGUGGAAAUGGCGGCGAAGUCGCCCAUGGAACGAUGUGAUGCUUCGUCUUGGGAUGAGCAGCCUGGUGCCAUUGCUUAUUGGCAGCAGCUGCACACUGCCUGUCAACAAGACGUGUCACGCAUUGAAGAGUUGGCGGUAGUGUCCCGACUUCCAGGUGCAGAUGUGACUGCAAGGUCACAGGGACCUUGCAGGAAGCUGCUGGAUCCUAUGAGGCUCUCAGAUGAGGAACUGGCUCGGAUGAACAUGGAUUGGACCCCAUGUGAGGAUCCUCGCUUUGAACAACCCAGUUGCGGAGAAGGUUGUGGGAAGCCCUGCACCCGGAAGGGGUGCAACGGCAUCUUUGAGAAGACAGGGGCACCGUGUCAGUUUUGCCAUGCUCAUCCACCUGAGGUCAUCGCGAGGUUUGAAGCAUUUCGAGGUUUCGCCAGACGCGCCGCAAAGAAGAACGUUGGCAAGCACGCAAACCGACGCGUGGGCUAUUGAGUGCAGGGACAAAGGUCCUGGACAGAUGUUGCUGCGAGUGG